AUGUACCAGGCAAGUCUGGCCCCUGUUGGUGCCACAUCACUGGUGCUGGAAGUGGUGUGGCAGGAACACAAGUAUUUUGGAUUGCAGACAUUUGAGACAACAUUAUGGCCUAAUAUUGCUAUAUCUACAAGUGGCUUAUCCUUUGUUAAGGAAAGUGCAUUCAAUGAUGCUUGCCUUAUUGGUGACAGUGGGUACCCUGUCAACAUUCACCUGAUGACACCAAUUGGAAUGCCAGCUAAUGCUGGCGAACAAAGAUUCAACAUCAGCCUGAAGAAAACACAUGUCGUGGUUGAGCAGGCAAUUGGCAUUUGGAAGUCACGCUUGAAGUGUGUUCAUCAUAAAGGUGGCACACUUUGUUAUAGUCCCUUGAAGUGUGGAAAGAUUGCUGCAGCAACUAUGUUGCUUCAUAAUUUCUGCAGAAAGAGGAAUCUUCCACUCCUGGAUGAAGUAGUAGUCAACCCUGAUGACAUAGAUGGACCUGCGUUUGUUCCUGCACCAGCUGGUGGUGGAGGACGGGAUGCAAGGGCAAUAGCUGGGAAUGCAAUGAGAAGGCAAAUCAUUGCACAACACUUCUCAUAG